AUGGAGCCUCCGGAAAGUUAUGAGGAAUUACUGCGGGAAUACCUGAAACUGAGGGAGGAGAAGGAGCAGAUGAACCAGGUGAUCAUCUGGAUGACGAAGAGAAAUAGUCAACUAGAGGAUUUGUGCUCACAACAUGGCCUCAGUAUAGCUACUUCAGUUCAGCAGAAGGCUAAGUUUUCCCCGCAUUCGCCCUCCAGACUCCCUGUGCCCCCCACAGCAGUCCCCAGGGCGAGCAAGGUGUGGCUAGAGAGCUCAAGUAAGACCAAGUUGGCCGCCAUGAUAGAGAAGGUAGAUAAGGUGACUUUGAAUCAGGUUCUUUUGUAUUGCGAUAUAUUUAUAUUGAAGAAUAGUAUGCAAAAUGACAGAUAUCACAUGACAUGUAACAGUGUUCACCUGUUUCCUCCAGGUGACUUUGAAUCCAGUUCAGGAGAAGAAGAGGUGUGAAGUAGUGGAGGCGAAACAGCAAGGAGGGUUACAGCUUUCGAUGAGCGUGGCCGACUCCAACCGGAAAGAGUGUGAUAUCUGCGGCCGGCGCUUUCAUCCUGACCGCCUGGAGAAACACAGCCUGAUAUGUGCCAAGGUCGCCUCCGAGAGCAAAAGACGUGGGGUCUACGACUCCUUCAAGCACCGGUACAAGGGCACCAACCUAGACAGCUUCAUCAAGCGACCUAUUGAUCCAUGA